CUCAGUGCUCUGUACUGUGAGGGUGUUUUAUGAAAUAUUAUACUUUUCUAAGUUGUCCGUCAUCUCCCCGUCUCUCUCCCACCCCCUUUUCCCAUCUCCAGACUCCAGCUACGUCCAGUACUCUGGUAAUUCCUACUUGGAGUUUGAGGGCAUAGACCUUGGUGCCAACAACAACAUCACUGUGAGGUUUCAGACCCAGGAGGCCCAGGGGACCAUCCUGUACGUUGACCAAGGAGCAGUGACCAGGGGCUUCUUUUUCAUGAAACUCUUCAUCCAGGAGGGAAUGCUACAGUAUGUCUUCUCCUGUAACCGAGAGGAAGGGAUCAGAAGGAUCAAUACAUCCAUCCGUGUUGACGACGGCAAUCCAUACAUCGUCUACGUCAGACAACAACUGGCGCCAUGCGAAGCGGAGGUGGUCGUGUCUGGGUAUGAGAGAGUCAGAAGCCAGCCCAGCAACUACUGGUCAGGACUCACCAUACAGAGAACGAGCCAUCUGUUUAUAGGGGGCUUGCCUCGUCGAUACCUGCCAUAUCAGGGAGCCCAACCCUUCUCCAACUACACCGGCUGCGUAGAAAUAAUUGAAAUUAAUAAGCUGCGGGGAUUCUACACAUCCAGUGCCGUUGCCGGCAGCAACGUAGACAACUGCAGGUCCCAAUGGGCCCCACCAGGUCCCCCAGAUGCCUUCACUAGAAGUCCAUAUGAUUGGACCACCAUAUCCACCACUCUGAGAGGUCAAGGUUCAGCAGGAGUCAACACAUCUGUAUGGACCCAGCCACCACCAUCCCAACCACCACCAGUUCCUACCCGCCCCUGGCAACUGGCUCCUACCAGUCCCUGGCAACCGGCUCCCUCCAGUCCCUGGCAACCAAGACCAGUUCCUACCAGUCCCUGGCAACCAAGACCAGUUCCUACCCGUCCCAGGCAACCAAGACCAGUUCCUACCCGUCCCAGGCAACCAAGUCCAGUUCCUACCCGUCCCAGGCAACCAAGUCCAAGUCCAAGUCCAGCAACCAAGUCCAGUUCCUACCCGUCCCAGGCAACCAAGUCCAGUUCCUACCCGUCCCAGGCAACCAAGUCCAGUUCCUACCCGUCCCAGGCAACCAAGUCCAGUUCCUACCCGUCCCAGGCAACCAAGACCAGUUCCUACCAGUCCCUGGCAACCAAGUCCAGUUCCUCCCCGUCCCAGGCAACCAAGUCCAGUUCCUACCAGUCCCAGGCAACCAAGUCCAGUUCCUACCAGUCCCAGGCAACCAAGUCCAGUUCCUACCAGUCCCAGGCAACCAAGUCCAGUUCCUACCCGUCCCUGGCAACCAAGUCCAGUUCCUACCAGUCCUUGGCAACCAAGUCCAGUUCCUACCCGUCCCUGGCAACCAGCUCCCACCCGUCCCUGGCAACCAGCGCCUACCCGGCCACUACUGCCAAUUCCUACCCGGCCCUGGCAAACAGCCACUACCCGCCCUCGGCCACCACUGCCAGCUCUUACUCGUCCCUGGCAACCAGCUCCUACCCAUUCCCCACCACCAGCCCCUACCCAGCCACCAACAGCUCCCACGCAGCCACCACCACCACCAGUCUGCCAUGCUGCCCUCUGUCUUAA